AUGCCCGACACCAAACCCGCCGACGCGAACUCGGCCAGCGGCCAACCAGCCAAGGACUCGGUGGCCGAUUCCAGCGACGCCGUCCCCAUGAAGACACUGCCGCAAUCCUCAUCGACAGAGGCCGCUGCCGCCGAUGCCGCUGCCGCAAAUACCGCCAAGACGACGACGACGACGACAACGACAACGACUUCGUCAAACGACGCACCCGCCGCUGUUGCGUCAACUCACCCUGAAGCCAGCAACGACACUGCUGCUACCGCCGCUGCCACCUCGGCUGUCGGCGAUUCAAUCGAACCAUCCACCAAGGGAAAGGAGAAGGAAUCCGCUCCCCCGCCAGUGGCCAAAAGCCAAGACGACACCAUGGCUAUUGGCCCCUCUGUUGAUGAUGUCCAGUCCGUCAGCAACUCUCCAUCAGAUGGUCCCGUCUGCAACAUCACCCUCCUAUUAACAACCGGUGCACGACAUCCCUAUAAGCUGGAUGAGAAGUACCUGACAAAGAGGAACGUGAACGUCCCUGGGUUGACCGAGGCUGGGAAGAAGGACCCUUUUACUAUCAGCGUCUACACGUUAAAGGAGUUGAUACUGCGAGAGUGGCGUGAGGAAUGGGACCCCAAGCCCGCGAGCCCCAGUAGUAUACGCCUGAUUCAUUUUGGAAAGCUGCUGGAUGAUAAGGACCAGCUGAAGCAAUAUCACUUCAGCGCCGAGGCAGCCAAUGUUGUACACAUGACAGUUCGGCCAGCCGACAUAGUUGAGGAGGAAGAGCCCAAGGGAGGUAAUAAGUCAGCUUCCGGCGGUGGCCGCAACCGAGAAGGUGGCAGCGGAUGCUGCGUCAUCUUAUGA